AUGAACCAGACCAAGGUGGUAGAAGAGGAUCCAUAUAACUACUAUGACUACUCAGACUGGUACUCCAACAAUAUGGAACCCACCAGACCUCCAAAAGAAGUUAUUCUCCCAUGUGACCCCACAGCGGAUGACCAGCUUUUUCACAUAUGCAUCGCUUCAGCAUCUCUCGUUGUGGUGCUGAUUCUAGCAGUCCUGAAGAGGAGAAAGAGUCUAUGUGAGGGUUUUGCCAGUGGAUCAACUGGUAUCUCAAGUCCAGUGAACUUCCUGGACCAGACGCAGCACAAAGCCCUAGCAGUAGCUGUGUUUGGGCUGGUCUUCAGCAAGCUGUCUGUAUUGGUCCUGGCUCCAGAUCCCCUGCCCUUCUCCAAAGACACCCCUCAGGAAAUCAAAGAGUACAUGAAGAUCAUCGCCAUCUUCUACUGGCCUGCCCUGUACUACCCACUCCUGGCCUGUGGUACGCUCCACAGUAAACUGGGCUAUGUGCUGGGCAGUCUAUUCUCCUGGACCCACUUUGCUGUCCUCGUCUGGCAGAAGAUUGACUGUCCCAAAACACCAGAGCUGUAUAAGUACUAUUCCCUGCUGGCCAGUCUCCCACAGAUCGGCUGUCUGGGAUUCCUCUGUAUCAAGUACCCACUACUGUUUCUCAAAGGUGCCAAGGCUAAUGGUUCUGAGGACCUGGAGAGCAGCUACUACACAGACUACGUGAAAUUAAUUCUAAAGAAGAAAAAGUCAAACGUCAGUACCUCUAUCAGAUCAGAUAAACCCAAACUGUGGGAGACAAUAAAAGACACAGUCAAGUCCUAUAUCUACACACGAGAGAAAGUAUUCCGGUUUCCACUAAAGCUGGCGAUCUCAGCAUUUGUGUCGUCCAUAGCAGUUUAUCAGGUGGCGCUGUUGCUGGUAAUACUGGUGAUCCCCACCCUCCAUAUAGUCCGUGCUGGUAUAGAUGACAAGUUCCCCUUCCUUCUGGAGGGCUUUGGUAUCGUCCUAUCAGAGGACAGGAUGGAGGUGGUCCAGAUUGUUAUUCACUAUACCUGGUGUCUGGAAGUGUGUUACCUGUGUGGGUUGACGUUAUGUUGUGUAGUGGGUUACCUGUUAAUUCUACGUCUUCAUGUUUCUACCAUCAGAUGGAACCUCCAGGGCUUGUACAGAGGAGACAUUUACAACGUGUAUAAUUGCCAGAAGAGCAUCCGUCCGUCUCAGACAGGCCUAGUGUGUUGGAUGGGCUUCAUUGGAUAUCAGGCUGCCGUCAUCUCUUUAGGAAUGGUCCUCCAGACUUUGGUCUUCUUCAUCUGUUUUGUGUGGUUGGUGUUCCUCAUCAUCAUCCCAAUCUUGUAUGGCCAGAACCUUAUACUCUUCCAGGUCGCUGCCAAGGCCUGGCCUGUGUGGGUGACGUUGAUACUGACUAUUACUCUACAACACGUGACAGCCAGGUUUGCUUUCAUCAAAAAGGAUGCUGGGACAAGAGACUUGAACAACAGAGGCAGUCUGUUCCUGCUUACCUACCUGCUCUUCCUGAUCAACAUCGUGGUGGGGUUGGUAGCAGCCAUCUGGAGGAUGGUCAUCACUGCCCUCUAUAACAUCAUCCACCUGGGGCGCAUGGACAUCAGCCUCCUCAACCGCGCUGCUGAAUCCUACGACCCGGCUUAUUGUUACUACACCCACUACCUGAAGGUCGAGGUCAGCCAAUCCCACCCUGUGAUGAAGGCCUUCUGUGGGCUGGCGCUGCAGGCUGCCUCGGCUGGAGGUGCUGGGCAGAAGAUGCGAGAUGCUGAGGAAGGGAUCCAGCUGGUGAAUCAGGAGAAGAGACCGGACAAGGUGGUUAACAGCAGGAGGGUGCGGGCACGCUGGCAGUUACUCUACACGCUGGUCAACAACCCGUCUCUACUGGGGUCCAGAAAACACUACCAGCUGCAGCCCUCUGACAGCUUCGUGAACGGAACGAACCGUAGCGCCGCGGCAGGAAGCAAGAAAGACGCCAGCAGCAAACCCACCGCUGCCGAGGCAGGCGCUGCCACACCCUCAGGCGCUGCCACACCCUCCGGUGCUGCCACACCCUCUGGCGCUGCCACACCCUCCGGUGCUGCCACACCCUCAGGCCCUACCACCGACGCUGCUGCUAACUGAGACCAUGACACACGGUCAUGACUGACGUCAUGUGGUUUAUGGGGUACGGACACCCUGCUGCUCUCUAUAGAACCCAAUGUUCCAACUGCUUGGUCUUCAGGGCAGCAGUUGACUGUAAGAGGCCUGUAAUUUCUGUGGGUUGCAGUCAAGUGCUUUGGCUUGUUCAGCUGCACAUGAAGUGAAUCUCUAUGCAUGUUGCUUUCUGUGUCAUAUUGUUGUCUGCAAUGUCGAUUAAAAAAUUUGCUGGUCUAUUAUUUAGUUUUGGUAAAGGUCGUUACGGUGAAAUAGUACAACAUCUUAACGGUUGUAUGUGUUUGGUUAUGAUGCACAGAACACAUCCUGUUUUAGCAUCCAAUAUCCACCCCUUCCUUUAAUGUGCUGCCCUUUAUCAGUUGUUUUGGUAAGUUUUCAGAGGUUGAGAUAUUUGCUUUCAAAAUAUAUGCAAGAACAAUGACACAUUUAUUUUUUUGUGUAAAUUAAUGUAACUGACAUCACAAUCCAGUGUGAAAAGAAAAUCAACUGUUUUUCUCCUAGGUGGGAGAAUGUGAUUAAGACUCUUAUUUUGAAAGAGAGACUUCUUUUUCAAACAAAUAAAACAGUUUUAAAGUAAAUACAGGGGAACAACAAACGUGUAAGCAUGUUUUCAAGAACCACGAUGACUGCGUAUGGAAACCCAUUUUUACAGAAGCCAAUAUUCAGACAGUUCAUUCGUAGUACAACAACCCUGAUUUUUGGCAUUUCACUAUAGAUCGGAAUAACAUGCCAUGUUCGGAAGCUUGCAAAUCAAUAAUGAACAAGCAUUCCUUGUCAAUAUUUU